UGGAUUUAAAUCUCGCGGGAUUUGCAUUGAUUCUAUUGGAAGGUUAACAAGUAUCACGCAUCUGUCUUUUUCUGAAUGCAAGAAUCUGCAUAAGCUUCCGGAAUUUAUUGGACAAAUGGAAUUAUUGGUUGAGUUGAAUUUAAAAUUCUCAGGGAUUUCCAUUCUCCCUUAUUCCAUUGGAAGGUUAAAAAAUCUUGGAUAUUUGCUUUUAGCUUACUGCAAUAAUCUACAUGAGCUUCCGAACUCUAUAGGAGAACUAAAAUCAUUGGUCGAGUUGAAUUUAGAUAGCUCGGGGAUCUUCAUUCUCCCUGAUUCCAUUAGAAGGUUAAAGAAUCUCAAGCAUUUGCUUUUAUGUGGAUGCAAGAAUCUUGUUGAGCUUCCGAACUUUAUCGGGGAAUUAGAAUCAUUGGUCAUAUUGGAUUUAGCAUUUUCAGGGUUAUUCGUUCUCCCUGAUUUCAUUGGAAUAUUAAUAAAUUUCAUGCAUUUAUCUUUUUCUGAUUAUGGAAAUGCACUUGGCCUUAAGUCCUUUGUUGGGGAACCAAAAUCAGAGAUUAAGUUGGAUUUAAAUCUCCGCGGGAUUUGCAUUCUCCUUGAUUCCAUUGGAAGGUUAACAAGUAUCACGCAUUUGUCUUUUUCUGGAUGCAAGAAUCUGCAUAAGCUUCCGGAAAAUGGAAUUAUUGGUCGAGUUGAAUUUAGAAUCCUCAGGGAUCUCCCUCCUCCCUGAUUUCAUUGGAAAUCUGAAAAGACAAAGUCUUAAAGGUGGCAUACACAGAGAUACACAUGAUACCUUGUACUCUUGGAGGGGUGGAGACAUUGGAAGAGCUCGAUGCCUCGUUUUGUCCAUAUCUCAUGGAUGAAAUCCCACAGAAAAUGUGGAGCCUAACCCGUAUGAGGAUCUUGGACUUAGAUGGGAGCCCAAUCUCUACAGUGCCAAGAAUGAUCAAUGGUUUCUCUAGUCUUCAAACCCUUAAAAUUGCCAGCUGCCAGCUUUCCCCAUUGCCAAUGCUUCCCUCAAGUUUGAAAUGCCUAGUGGUUGCAGCUGCUAAAUUCCCUGUUCUUCCCGAUCUCUCCAACCUAGUUCAUUUACAUCAUCUCGAAGUGCGUCAUCUCGAAGUGCGUAGACUUCAUAUGACAUUUUGGUCUCCGGCAGACAUUACCUCGCCUUGGGAGGACGUGCAAUCCAUCAAUCGGCUUCCACUUAGUUUAUCAACAUUGAAACUUCACUCUAUCCCGCAAUUGCCAGAUAAUUUUAACUUCCAAAGCUUGUCGAUUCUAUCUAUCAGCAAAUGUCUGACAGCACACUUGCCCGAUCUAUCGCACUUGAAGGGGCUACAAGAGUUACGGCUCAGUGACUUCCCCGAACUGGUGGAGAUUCCAGGUUUGGGGGAAUUGGAAUUACUGAUGUUUCUGCACAUUGCCAUGUGUGAUGUGAUCAAACAAUUGCCUAACCUGUCGAAGUUAAAAAAUCUUCUGCGUCUGGAGGUAAAACAUUGUGCAAAGUUGAGAGCUGUCGAAGACUUGACAGAGUUGAAAAUUCUGAAGAAUGUGGAGAUCAGAAAUUGCAUGUCCUUGGAAAAGUUGCCCGAUGUGUCGGCAUCCACCAAGUUGGAGACAGAAUGGACGCCACCAAAACCUGCAGAGCACACCAUUCAGCCAGCAAAGCGAUUGCGACUUUCGUUGGACUAGUAUGAAAGCCCUGCAGAGCUGGCUUGGAAUAAAGGCCAAGGAAGAGUUGGCUGCGAGUAUUCAGAGUUUUGAAGCCCUGCCGUGGAAUAAAAGCCAAAUUUGCAACACCCGUUCACCACCGACAUGAACUAAUCUAGGCAGAAGUAUUGGGUCUCGAUCCUGGAGAAAUCGAUGUUCCAUUUGUUGGGGGUCCUGUAAAAGCGACAACUUUACUCUUUACCUCUUUAAUCUCAGGCUAAAGCUGAAGCUGCCUCUGCAACUCUCUCUAUGGCAGGCUUAUGCUGUUGUGAAGUUUGCCAAUGCAUGCCUGCGUGGGUUGAGGGGCAAUGCUGGCAUUGUCGAAGUGUGCAUUUGUUGCUUCUCAGGGGAAAGAGCUUCCAUUCUUUGCAUCCAAAAUCGCCUCGGUCAUACUGGGGCUGAUUAGGUUCUUCCCUCGGCCUGCUGAAGGAGUGCAAAAGAGAUGGUUGGGAAAGGCAAAGAAAGAGUUAACAGCGAGCAUUCAGAAGGGACGUGGCUUGUCCAAGGAAAAAGGCGUCCCCUGCAUAGUUUCCCGCUAUUUUCUACUCAAAAUAGGUACUUGGGAAUAAGUGGUUCAAACCAAACAAGAUAUCCAAGUUUUUUUUUGCCUACGUGGCAUAGAGGUUUUUCUUUUCUCACAUGCAAUGUACUCAAAUGUUGGUCUAUGUAAUAACAUGGUGGACUGAUGUUGGUGUAUAUCAUUGUACUAUGUCCAUCUUUCUCGUGUUUCCAACUUUGAGAUGCACCUGUAAUGUCGCCUCCAAGUAGCACUAUUAGUUGUGCAAUGCUGCAGUAAGCAAAUGGUAGACAGAGGGUGCUGCGUUGGGCUUGCAGUUUAAGGGACUCGAUCGCAGCUUCUUGUGGCUUUAUCCAGAAGCUGUGACGGACAAAUGAGCAAGAGAGCCAUCAUAGAGGCUCUUCUUCGGUGUUGGGCAGGGGGGAGUUUCGGAAUUUUUCAAUCUGUAGAUGCGUCUAUCACCAGCAGCAAUCCUCACGCCAAGUUUUUACACCCAUGGAGAGGACAACUCGCAUCCGUAACGUAUUGCCAAGAGAGUAAACCGGUUUAACCGGUUUGGAACCGGUUUCGAAAUCGGUUCUCAGUCUCUUUUGCUACUUGCAAUGGCACCAGCCGUCACCAUAUCAGAAGUUCGAGGCGUUCCUGAGUUUCAGGGGACUGAUGCUCGGACAACUUAUACUGGUUGCUUCCGCAGUACAAUGGUGGAGAAAGAAAUCCGUGUCAAAGACGACGAAGAGCUCCAAGUUGGUCAGAAGAUUGGUGGAAACGACACUAACAUCCAUAAGGAUUCUCUUACAAUGCGUGAUUUGUGCAUAUGGUAGAUUGCACUUCAAAGUCGGACGGGAGAGCAUCACUAUACAAUUUGGUUUUGAGCUUGACAUCAUUUGCCUCCACCUUGAAUUUUGGAUCUGGAGACGGAUAUGUCAAGCUUAAAAUCAAAUCCCGUCACUUCUGUCUCUCCCCAGUAGGAAAGAAAAGGUUAAAAAACAAGCAGUAUGAGCACUCUGUGUGGGUCUUAGUAAUGACUUAACACUUGAAGAAUUAGCCCGUUUGCCAAAGCCUAGGAUUCUUGAAGGGGGAAGAAUUAACUCCAUAGGCAACUUUAAAAAAUCUUCUUCGUACUUUGAGAUGGCUUGCUUGGCAUCAUUGCCUGCAGCAUCUUUUAGCGAUGAAAUAUUCACCUGCUGUAUUUGGUCAUGCUCGACUUUCCACAAGGCAACAUCACUGACUGACUGAGGUGGAUAGAGGAAAAUUGAGAUGGUGAAAAAGUUGAAAGUUCUAAAUUUUACAUGGUGCAGAGUGUUAACCAAGACAACUGAUUUUUCUGAGUUUAGCAAUUAUGAGAAAUUGAUUUUCACUUGGUGUGUGAUGUCUGCGGUUGAUAGCCCAAUCGCUGAGCUAAAACUGCUAAGUAAGUUGAAUAUUGAGGGAGGCAAUUCCCUCCAAGUGUUGUAUGUUGUAUGAAGAAAUCAGUUCUCUAGUAUACUUGUUAGAGAUUAUUGUGUGCUUGACAGACAAACUAUUCAAGCUUUGUGACACUAGGAAAUCUAAAAUCUUUGACGAAUUUGAUUCUAGUAGCAGUCAACUUCAUCACUUUAUUGGAAGGUUAAUGGAUCUCGUGCAUUUGCGUUUGCUUGCAUGCCAUAUAAGCUUUUGAACUCUAUUGGGGAACUAGAAUCAUUGGUCCAAUUGGAUUUAGCCCAAUUCUAUUGGAAAUCUAACGAGACUAAAAGGUCAUUAGGGUGCCACACACAAAUACACACGAUACCUUGUGCUUUUUGUGGGGGUGGAGACACUUGAAGUGCUCAAUGCCUCGUUUUGUUACUAUCUCAUGCAUGAAAUCCCAUGGUAAAUGUGGAGGCUGAGCCUUCUGAGGAUCUUGGACUAUAGAUGGGGCCCCAAUCUCUACAAUGUUAUCAUAGGUCAGUGGUUUCUCUAGUCUGCAAAUGCUUAAAAUUGCAAGCCAAAGAGCUUCCCUCAAGUUUGAAAUGUCUACUGGUUGAAGUUGUUGGAUUCCCUGUUCUUCCCAACCUGUCAAGCCUGGUUCAAAGUGUGUGGAAGACAUCCAUCUAUUGCAUUUUGGUGUGUGAAUGACGUUAUUUCGCCUUGGAAGGACAGGCAGUCCAUCCAUCGGCUUCCAUGUACCUUAUCAACCUUGAAACUUGGCUGGAUCCUGCAAUUGCCAGAUUUUUGCGACUUCAAAAGCUUGUCGGUCCUCUCUAUCAGCAGAUGGCAGUUUCCACACUUGCCCAUCCUUAUAUACUUGGAGAGUUUAAGGGAAUUGGAGAUAUCGUGGUGCGAAUUCCUGGAGAGCACAUGUGAUCUAUCUUGCUUGAAGAGGCUACACAAAUUACAGCUCAAUGACUUACCCAAACUGGCGGAGAUUCCAGGUUUGGGGGAACUGGAAUUACUGAAGUUUCUACACAUUUCCAGGUAUAAUGCAAUCAAACGAUUGCCUAACCUGUCAAAGUUCAAAAUCUACAGCAUCCCAAGCUAGAUGGUUGUGAAAAGAAGAUAGUUGUCAAAGGCUUGAAAAGAGUUGAAUUUAUUGAAGAAGGUGGAGAUUGCACAUUGCAUACCCCUGAAAAGUUUGCUGGAUGUGCCGGCUGGCAAUUGCGAUUUACAGCGUUGCAGGACAAAUAAACCUGAAGCAGAAUGCAUCAUCUUGAAAAUGCAAGGACUUCCAAUGAAAGCACAUCAUGUACGGAUUUGAGCUUGUGCUAUAUAAGCUGGACGAGCAUAGAAGGUGUGGAAGUAUAGCCUGGUCAAAAUCUUCAGGUGCGUUUUGAUUACAUCAAAGGAAAACAGAGGUUUUCAUUUCGGCUUUUGUUUGCUAAACUGUUGAACUGAAUUGGAAAAGAGGCAAAGAAAGAGUUGGCAGCGGGUAUAUAGAAGGGCAUUCCGUUUAUCAAAGAGUGAGCGCGUGGAUUGAAGAUGAAGAUGUGGAUUUUUCGUGAGAAAAAAGAUGUACUCUACAUAGGUUUCUACUCAUCUCUCUACUCAAAGUUGGUUCCUUGCGCUAAUGUGUAAGUGAUUCAGAACUGGAACUAGGAAGAUAUGAAAGUUUCCUUUCGCAUAGUCGGUGUAAAAAAAGCACUUAAGUUUGGUUUUUCUUUUCCUGCAUGCAACGUUCUGAAAUGGCCAUUUGUGUAAUUGACGGAUGUUUGUGCAUCAUUGCUUGAC